AGCUCUCCUGAUUGGCUGCUGGCACUCCUGGAGACUCGUGUGCCUAAUUAGCAAUCGCAGGUGUCUCUGCGCACCCAGGUGCACUUUUCUGUCGUCGUUUCGCGUCUUUCUGGUAAAAACAACUCGAUCGCCAGGCAGACGAGAAAACAAACCCAGGGAAGGAGACAGAAUGAAUGGCAUGAUUUUGGGGCUCUUUCACCACCUGCCGCGCUUCAUGGAGUCAAACAGCAAAAGUUUUCAGCCCUGGAGGGACUACAUGGGACUGUCGGACACGGUCAGAGAGAUCUUGCGCCGGAACAGCACCGCGGAUUCAGUCCUGCCAGAUCUCAAUGCGCAUCACUCCCAACCCGAUCAUUUCAGCGGAACUUUAUCGUCGAUACGCGUGAACGCAGAAUCCUGCGAAUCCCUGCUGUCUGGCACCGCGGCUAUGCUGAACCCAGAGGAUAUGUUUCGGUUCGCACCGGAGUCGGCUAGUGCCGAUCCGCUGCAGAUACAGAUUGGUCCAAGGUGUCGCCCCAAGGACCGCAGGAGUACCGCGACUCGCUCCAAGGCUCCGGCUCCAGAGCCGCCUGCGCGCCCCUCUUCCAAAUUUUGCAGUUUCUGCAAACACAACGGUGAGUCCGAGCUGGUCUACGGAUCCCACUGGCUGAAGAACCAGGCUGGAGAGGUUUUGUGUCCCUACCUGCGCCAGUACGUGUGUCCACUAUGCGGCGCCACGGGGGCCAGAGCCCACACCAAGCGGUUCUGUCCCAAAGUGGACAGCUCCUACAGCUCGGUGUACACCAAGACCAGACGCUGAUUUAACAGGUGGCCUUGAGACCCUAAACAAAAAAAAAAAGCAGCUCCCCCCCCUUUUUUUCCUCUUUGUGUGCAUUUUAAUUCUUAUAAGUCAGUAUCGGUGUGGUUUUUACUUUUGUGUGUUGCUUGUUUUGUAUUCUUAUUUGCAUGCUUUGU